AAAGUUUUCUUGGUUUAUACAGACAUUUCUAUAAUGGUAAGAAUAGCAACAGAUACAAAAUGCCUGAUACCUUUGUAGGAAUUGAUCAUAUCUGUGCUGCAUUAUGGACAGAUGAUAAUUGGCAUCGAGGUAUUAUAACUGGCAUUCCAUCCAAGGAUUCUGUCGAGGUCCUGUAUGUUGAUUAUGGUACUAAGUGUACAAUUUUAAGAACUCAUUUAAGAUUUUUAAAGAAGGAAUUUAUGAUUCUUCCAAUCCAAGCAAUCAAAGGACGAUUAGCUAAUAUUAAACCAUCAAAUGGAAGACGGUGGUGUGAAAAAUCCAAAAGCAUUCUUCUUGCAUUGUGUCGUGAUAAACCAUUAGCAGCCUUGGUUACAAACAAAAAAUAUAAGGAAAGAAUUUCCCUUUGCCUUUGUGAUGUGUCAGACAAGGAUGAUUUACACAUAAAUGAUGCAUUGGUCAGAGAAGGUUUAGCCAUUCUUGCCACUGAUCCUUCAGAAGACGAAAACAUGCUUCUUAAUGUGGACAAAUCAGAAGACUUUUCAUUGGCUAACAUAACUCUACGGGAUCUCAAAAAUAAUUAUUUGUCUCUCCAACAUCUGAAAAAUUUGGAUCCUGUAGAUUCCGAAAAAAACAUUCAGUCUUAUUUAAAUUCAAUUGAAGAUUAUAAGUUGAAUUCUCAACAUUCUGAUCAUAAUAAUCUAGAAAAUGGAAAUCAUUCACCAACUUAUUCUCAACAAAGCCUUUCCAGUGAACCAACGCCAACCGAUUCAACUUCUUUUUCGUUUAAAAAGAGAAAUAGUAAUGAGAAUAUUGGUGAAAUUUUUGAAGAAGGAGAAGAAUUUUAUGAUAAACUGUGUGAAGCUUCUGAAGAUGAAGAUCUUACCGUUACAAGGGUUACUUUUAUAGAAAAUUAUAAACUUCAUAUUAUAAAUUGCCAUCAGAAGCCAUACGUGUGUAAUGGUGAUAUUGAAUCUCUGUUUCAAACCAAAGAACGCUUAGAAAAAAUGUUGUAUGCAAAAAAUUUGUGUAUUCCAUCUCAUAUUGUUGAAAGAACUCAAUGCAAUAAUUUAUUUCAAGAAUUAGAAAGGUGUAAAGUAAGAGGAAUGAAAAAAGCAUUAUUUAUUAUCUUGUAUCCACUUGAACAUUUGCCUGAAAUUUUGUUGAGAUUGAAGCAUCCUUCCAGGGAACUAGUAAAAAGUAUUGAGUUAGAAAUAACGUAUUUUUAUUUCAAAAACAACUCGUCGAAUUUAUCUGAAGAUCAGUUGGUAGAAAUUCACCAAUAUGAACAUAAUAAAAGGAAACGAAUUAUACAAAAAAUGGUCGAAGAUGGAAGUAAAGAAGAGUAUGUCGAAGAAGUGAAGAAUAUUGAGGAAGGAUUACAGUUACUUGGGACAAAAAUAAAAGCUGUGAAAAUGGAAAAGGAUUUUAAUUUAAAAGGAAGAUGUUCGUCGACGACAAGCAGAUUUUCCCCUGUGACUUUACACUGUGAUAAGAAGCCCACUAUUCCUCAGAAAGUUUCCACAGAUGCUUCCAAGAAUUCUCCUAUCAAUACAUCCGACGUAGCCUGGAAUCGCGUAUCUACAGAAGCUUACAACCAAAUCGUUUCCUCUCCCGAGUUUUUGCAACAUCCUCAGUGGAAAUUUUCGGUGCCCGUCCAAAUGGCGCAACAGACUUCACCCGUGGACUAUUUAAAUAGUUUUGUACCAAAGGACAAUUCUUCCGGUCGGCAAGAGAUAAAUAAUUACUUGGGUACAACGGCGAUCUCUCGGCCAAAUAUCAGGUUCACACUACCGAUUAUGAGACAUCCUGUUCCAGAAUUUCGUCCGUCGGUACCUUUCAGAACGCCCAAUGUUCCUUUGCGAUUCCCCACAAACAUUACCCGAAAUACAUGAUUUCAAAAUAUUUUGUGGCAUCGAGAAAUUGAAUGUAAAUUCAUCGUAAUUAUUUUUAUUCUAUUUUUUUAGCUUAAGUUUGCUUAUACCAAAGUUUUGGUAUAGUAUAAUUAUUUUCCGGAAUGUGUUCCGUUUUUGAGAUUUUUUUAGUUUUACUCCGCAAGUUGUAAAAUUAUGUAGUGCAUAUACAUAUAUCAACAUAAAGGUUUUUAAUCAAAUUUGAAUGUAUUCAUCAUGUACGAAUUCGGUACUGUAUCAAUCAAAACUUUCCUUAUCGGAACGGAAUGAUGAAAUUGUAAAGAUGAAGACAAUAUUGAAUUAAAGUUAAUUCUUAAUCUUU